AUGAAUCGUCUAUUUGGGACGAAGAGCAGUGCUCCGAAGCCAACUCUUGAUGGUGCUAUUCAAAAUGUGGACUCCCGUAUUUCUAAUAUAGACGUCAAACUUGCGGCGCUCAGCUCUGAACUAUCAACAUACCAGACUAAACUUUCAAAAAUGCGUGACGGUCCUGGCAAAUCUGCACUACGCCAAAAAGCGCUAAAGGUUCUACAACGUCGAAAGCAAUACGAAGCUCAACGGGACCAGUUAUCCCAACAAUCGUGGAAUAUGGAGCAGGCUGGAAUGAUGCAAGACAAUUUACGAAACGUGAUGACAACAGUGGAUGCGAUGAAGACAACAACAAAGACAUUAAAGCAGCAAUACGGAAAGGUAGAUAUCGAUCAGAUUGAGCGGAUGCAGGAUGAGAUGCAAGACUUAAUGGAUAUCGGUAACGAGAUCCAAGAGAGCAUUAGCCGGGCAUACGACGUGCCAGAAGAUGUGGAUGAAGCAGAGCUAGAUGCUGAACUAGAAGCCCUAGGCGAGGAAGCAAUGUUCGAAUCCGCAUUGGGAGAGAAUGCAAUGCCAUCAUUCAUGCAAGACGAGGUCGCUCCUCCCCAAUUCAUUGACGAGCCACCCGAACAAAACAAGGUGAAAGAGGCGGCGGGCGGAGUUGGCUAA